GCGGAGCCCCGCCUCCUUCCGCCUUCCGGCCCACCCCGGACUCUGCCCUACGCGCGUGUCACCGGCCCGCCAUGGCUCCGCUCCGUUUCUCGGCCAACGUGUCGUGGCUGUUCCCCGAGCUCCCCGGGCUCCCCGCGCGGCUCCGGGCGGCGGGCAGCUCGGGCUUCGAGGCCGCCGAGGUGGCCUGGCCGUACACGGAGCCGCCCGAGGCCCUGGCGCGCACGGCGCGGGAAGCGGGGCUGCGGCUGGUGCUGAUCAACACGCCCCCUGGAGCACUGGAGGCAAGGAUGCAGUGGCCAGAGACGAGAAGGCUUGGGGUGUUCAGCAGAGUUCCUGAGGCUGGAGAUGUGACCCGUUGGAGUUGGGUGUGGCCAAGAGAGAUCAGGAUUCACCUGAUGGCUGGCCGAGUACCCCAGGGGGCGGACCGAGCAGCCGUCAGGAGUGAAAUGGAGGCAGUUUUUCUGGAGAACCUGAGGCACGCGGCUGGGGUUUUGGCUCAGGAGAGCCUCGUGGGACUGCUGGAGCCCAUCAAUACCCGCAUCACUGACCCCCAGUACUUCCUGGACACCCCCCAGCAGGCGGCGGCCAUCUUACAGAAGGUUGGAAGACCCAACCUCCAGUUACAAAUGGACCUGUUCCACUGGCAGAUCAUGGAUGGGAACCUGACAGGAAACAUACGGGAGUUCCUGCCCCUCGUUGGGCACGUGCAGGUGGCACAGGUCCCGGGCCGGGGGGAGCCCGACAGCCCCGGAGAGCUGAACUUCCCCUAUCUAUUCCAACUGCUGGAGGAUGAAGGCUACAAGGGCUUUGUGGGGUGCGAGUACUGGCCUCAAGGAGACACAGUGGAGGGCUUGAACUGGCUUCGCUCUUACUGGGAUAGGCGGGGCCGCCCACAGGCUGGCCGGUGAGGUCCUGCCCUGCGCCUGCCUGCCGCUGGGGACAGGGCGCCCCGCAGCCCGCAUCUCCUCAAUUAAAGACCACCCGCUGAACA